AUGGCUUCGUCUACAUCGCCCGAUUCCAUUGCUUCAUUGCUGUCCCAAGCGGUCGACGGCAUAGGCUUCUUUCCCCAACGAGAGCAUCCCCGAACAAGUGGUAGUCUCAGUCCAGCAAGGCUAACGCUCCAACGUGUCUACGAUCAGAGUCUUCAAGGAGCACAGGCGAAAGAUGCGAACAAGCCGCUAGAAGGUCCCCCGGGGCCUCCAGGAAAGGGGAAGCCCAGGCUUCUCCUGAUGGGCCAAAGAAGGAGUGGCAAGUCGUCAAUAUCGAGCGUCGUCUUCCACAAGCUCCCACCAAACGAAACGCUUUUCCUCGAGUCCACAGCGCGUAUCCAAAAGGACUCUAUGGCAUCCUUCAUGGACUAUCAAGUCUGGGACUUUCCUGGCCAGAUCGACUUUUUCGAGAACCCAAACUUUGAUAUGGACGCCAUCUUUGGCGAGAUUGGCGCCCUCAUCUGGGUCAUCGACGCCCAGGACGACUACCUCGAGGCCGUCGCCCGCCUCAACGCCACCGUCCUCAACCUCCAGCGCUUCUACCCAAACAUCAACAUCGAGGUCUUCAUCCACAAGGUUGACGGCCUUUCGGACGACUACAAGCUCGACAUCCAGCGCGACAUCACCAUCCGCAUCCAGGACGAGCUCUCGGACCACGGCUUCGAGAACGCCCCUGUCACCUUCCACCUGACGUCCAUCUACAACCACUCCAUCUUCGAGGCCUUCUCCAAGGUCAUCCAGAAGCUCAUCCCGCAGCUCGGCACCCUGGAGGCCAUGCUUACCAACCUGUGCCGCACGUGCCGCUUCGAGAAGGCGUACCUGUUCGACGUGCUGUCCAAGAUCUACAUCGCCACGGACUCGGCGACGGCCGACAUGGCCAGCUACGAGAUCUGCUCCGACUACAUUGACGUCAUCAUCGACAUCACCGAGGUGUACGGCUCCUGGCCGCGCUCCGAGGGCCAGCGCAAACGUCUCGAGGCGGAACCGUGGAACGCCAAAGUCGAGGACCAGGUCGCAUGCAACUGGGCCGAGAGCUGCAUGGUGCUCCACGACUCACAGCGCCCCAUCAUGCUGCGCGAGGUCGAUCGGUACUUGGCCCUCGUCGCCAUCAUGAAGGAGGAUUCCUACGACCGCAUGCCGCUCGUGAACAUGAAUGUGGAGGCCGUGGUACAGGGUGUCACUGAGUUUUUCGAAAUCACCAAGUCGAGAAAGUGA